UGAAAGUGUUGUGUUUACUUCUUGAGUGAUCGAGACGUCGUUUGUUGUUGAUCGCGAUAACAGCCCUGAAAUCGCCUCUAAAGGGAUUAACUGGGGGUUAUUACGGUGAUUAAAGUCCUUGACAGGGCAGUAAGGCAUCAGUGAGGGACAAUGUCGGGCGGUGAACGCGAGGGCAGGAGCAGCAGCCGCCGCCCCAGCCCCCUCAGAGCCACCGUGCCCGUACAGGCUAUGCACCGAACCAGCCCACUGAGAUUAAGAAAUAGGAUUUCUCCAGAUACUGAAAUUACUCCUGGUCUUGACUUGAGCACAGCAACCACAAACAAAGGUCGAGUGAGAACUGGUCGAGGUGGUGAGGGGAGCGCGCUGAUGCGACGCACGGCUUCGCUGGACACCAUCUACCUCAAGGGACAGUGGCCUAAGGACGACCAACCCUUCACAAACUUGCUGAAUGUAGACAAGGCUUCACAGACCCCAGAAGAGUGGGCCUCAAGCUGUUAUGGGGGGGUGAGCCUUGGUUGGUCGGUGUACGAAGAAUCCAAUAACAGCGGCAGCAAUAGUAGCAGUAACAACAGCAGCAGACGCCCCUCAGUGUCUGUGGUGUCAUCCCCGUGGUUGACUAGUGGGCACCAGACUCCUACUGCGGCAUCGGGAGAACAAAUAGACAAAUUUAUUCGACAUCGGCUGCAACGAACCAACAAAGAAGGUACAGCAGGGGGUGGGCUGCGCUACAGUCCCGUACAUGCUGAUCACUCCGUCCUUGCACCAACUCCCAUACACCCAAGACACCAUCCCCUCCAACAUACAAAUGGUGGGUCCCGUGCCAUCCCCAUACCACAGUUGCCAAAGCCACUGCUUCCUCCUCGGCUGCGCAGCUCCGUGGAGGGUCUUAACCAAGAAAUUGAACGCCUCGUCUUACGCCCGUCCCACAUACCUGGGGAUGACGUAGAUGAUGGGUGGGGUGAAGUUGCACGUGACGGUCGAAGAGCACCAAUUGCCGACUACCUGCGGUUUACGAGAAGUAUCGACACUCAGACUCCGGCUCGAGGGUCAACAGUCUCUGCAACCAGUUCCAACCACACAUCACCCUCCCUCUCCCCACCGACCUCUCCGCCACCUAGCCAGGAUGCUGCCAUGCCACCUUUGACUCCAAGCCCAACUAGUGCUCCGACACUGGCAACUUCCCCACACAUAAACAAGUUUUUGGCACGGGAGCCUCCCGACGGCUGCGAGAGAGUAGCCCUCAAGCAGCACGAAGACAGGUCAGGUGCAACUACGAGAGGUGCAUGGCCAGCCGUCAGACCUCCUGGUGCUUUCACUCUUAGACCCAGUCAGGGGUCAGCCUUCUGUCCGCCAGACAGGUUAGGAACGGAAGAGAUGUGUGGAGCCACAGCUCUCCCUGUGUGUCAGCAUCACACUGGUACCGUGAGUGAACCUUGUCCUGUGUGUGGAAGCAGUAGUAUUAGCGGAUGUCCUCCCGAUGUUGGUAGUCCAGAUCAAGAACUCCAACAACCGUCUUCAAGUCAGUCAGCAGCAACGUGUGAAGCUGGUGUGUCUACUAUGGUCCCUGGUCCUGCCAGCACAAGUAUAGGGACAUCCUCUGAAGUCACUGCUGAUCAAUAGCGAAGGCCAUGUUUUAGCACAUUUUACAAUUAUUUUUGUCAUCCUGCAGUUUAACAGUUAUCUUAAAAAGUGGUUCAGACAUUGUGGUUCUUAAUAGACAUUAUAGUGAUUCGUGAAUAUGCUUACUGAGUAUUAUUUGGUAUGUAUUAAUGUACACAGUGUAUUAACUUUCAACGUGAUUCAGCAUUUCCAAGGCAAUUUUGUACGUAUAUCCCAAUGUUGCAUAUUGUUCACCUAGAAGUGAAUAAGCUCCCUUACAUCUCAGGAUUUAAUGGAUAAGUAGCCACUAUAACGUAGACCUAAUUGACACAUUGUAGGGAACUGCUCAUGUACUUACUCUUCGUCCUCUUGGUGGGGGACCAGUCGACUACCCUCCUGCCAGGGAAGCAUUGACUCUUCUGCUAGUGAAACUGGUGUAAUCACUUAUGUUGCUGGAACUAGUGUAAUAACCUCCUACUACAGGAACUUUAGAAUGACUUGCUGGUGUGGAAAGUUAUUCACAUACCCUCCUGCUCUGAAAGUGUAAAAAAUGAUGUCAUUUUGGUGAAUUAUCUUAAGUAUUCUCCUUAUAUUGUAACAGGUAAAGUCUCUCUUCUGCUAAAGGAUUAAUGAAAUGAUCCUUUUUCUGGAAUAGAAAUAGCUGUCUGCAUACAAUCACCUGAAAUAAAUGGUUGUUGUCGUGAUAAAACUUUUGGCCAUCCACAACUGGCCCGGCUACUAUUAAAGGACAACAUGUCACCAGCAUAUUGGAGGACUGGUUUGACACCCAUUGAGGAUUGUCAUCUGUGAUAUCUGUUAAUAGACUGGUUAAAUUUGCUGGUUCACAAGACUUCUGUUGAUCUCUCGUAACAGUAUUCAUUUUUUUUCUUACUUGUUCAAACCAUUUUUCAAUUAAGGCAAGUGAUUAAUUCAUAGGCAAUAUGAAAAAUAUAAACUUAAUUUAAUUUGACAUAUUCUCAAUUGCAGUGUAGUUGCCAUUCUAUCUGUGGUACUUUUAGUGGUGCUAAAUUACUUGGAAGGAACCAAUUUAAUGAUGCCUCUGCUGGGAGGGAGUAGUGUGGUUAUGCUCCUGCUAGGAGGAAACUUGACCAUUCUUGUCCCUAAUUGAAAAGAACCAGUCUUAUGUUUCUGCUGGGAUAAAAUCAGUUACACCAUUCUUCUACUGGAAACAAAAGUGGAUCCUGCCCUGACUGAAAAAAGUCUUAUACCUCUUGUGGAAGGGAAUCAGUUUCCUCAUGUAUAUGGUGACAAGAAUCCAGUCUCAUCAUGCUCCUAGUACAAGGGAACCAGUUUCAUCAUGCACCUGGUAGGAGGGAUGUCUCGUCGUGCCCCUGCUGGGAGGGAACGAGUUUCAUCAUUCCUCUGCCAGGAGGGAACCAGUCUCAUCAUGCCCGUUGGGAGGAACCAGUCUCAUCAUUCCCCUGUAGGGAGAAACUAGUCUGACCAUGCCUUUGUCGGGAGGAAUCAUUCUGAUGAAACCCCUGUUGGGAGGAACCAGUCUGAUCAUGCCCUUGUUGGGAGGAACCAGUCUCAUCAUGCCUUUGUUGGGAGGAACCAGUCUGAUUAUGCCCCAGUUGAGAGGAACCAGUCUGAUCAUGUCCCUGUUGGGAGGAACCAGUCUCAUCAUACCCUUGUUGGGAGGAACCAGUCUGAUCAUGCAUUAUAAACACAAUUUACACCAUAACAAGUUCCUGCUGGAAACCUGUGAUAGAUUUCUUUGGAUAAAAUAAGAUGUGGAUCUGGAUCGCUGGUGGUUGAGUGUGCCAACUGCUGUUGUGGCUGCUGCUCAAGUGGCAGCAGUUUAAUUCAGCAACCUUAAGUCAGUAAUGAUACUUAUCUGACAUCCAAGAAUAUACCUCUGUUAAAAAAAGUCAGCCCUUCCCCUUACCCCUUUUUUUUAUUAGAAUUAAAAUUUCUUUGCAAAAAUAGAUACAAGUGCUUACAAAACCACAGUUCAACCUGUCUUGCAGUAUGGAUUACAGUACACUUCUUUUGGCAGGGGUGUAUUUUAAUGUCUGUAUAAGUUCAUUGAAUAAAUCUACACUGUUAUGGGCUGCAUCAGGAUUCUCAAAGAUUUGUAGGAAAUAUCUUCCUCUUAAUUGGAGAUAUCAGAACACAUCUAUCUGGAUCACUUGAAGCACAGUACAAAGAUGACAACUGAAAAACAGCAUCUAUAAUGUAUCAAGACCACAGUAUGUAGAUGAACUGUCUUAUCACCAAAUAGGAGGAAGUUUAACGUACAAAUUUCUGGGAAUAUGACCAUGCCCGCUCGCAGUGUAACUAAAUUCAGUAUUUGCAUGACUGACUGUAAUGCUGCUGGGAACUCUCCAUCACCAGUAGCUUACAUAUUAUAAAGCUAGUGGUGCCCAGCAUGAGGAAAAAACUGCAGAAAUCAGUUUACGAGCAAGUCACCAGUCUAUAGUUGUCUGCUGGUCCGUGACCUAGAUUGUCGUGUGCCUGCUACACCCAGUCUAAGGUCGUCGGCUAGUCUGUGACCUAGAUUGAUGUGUGCCUGUUACACCUGGUCUGUGGUUGUCUGCUGGCUGGUCCAUAACCUAGAUUGAGGUGUACCUGCUACACCCGCUACACCAGCCUCCUGUAGAAGGACCUCGGGUAUGCCUCGGCUAAUCUCACUUCUCAUUAAACGCUCAUUAAAAUGAAAA